ACUGGAAAGCGCGACCCCUCCACACAUGUCAAGCCUCGUCUCUGCGAUCCUCGCUCGCGUCCUCGCUCCUUCCGCCCGCACCCAAGGGCAGCAGUCCCGCCUCCUCUGCUACACGCGCUCGUCGCCCACCAUCUCGAGCCCGGCCCCGUCGUCGAGCGCGACGCCGUCGAGCGCGACGCCGUCGAGCCGCGAGGAGGCGCGAGCGCAGGAGGCACGGCGGCAGCGACAGCUCGAGGAUGAUUUGCGCCAGGCUUGGGCGCUCAGCGUGUGGUGACGCAUGCUCGUGCAAUACCCUCUUUCGGACCGCGGCC